AUGUUCUACCACAUCUCCCUGGAGCACGAGAUCUUGCUGCACCCGCGCUACUUCGGCCCCAACCUGCUCAACACGGUGAAACAGAAGCUCUUCACCGAGGUGGAGGGGACGUGCACGGGGAAGUAUGGCUUUGUAAUUGCUGUCACCACCAUUGACAAUAUUGGUGCUGGUGUGAUCCAGCCAGGCCGAGGCUUUGUCCUUUAUCCAGUGAAGUACAAGGCCAUUGUGUUCCGGCCCUUUAAAGGCGAGGUCGUGGAUGCUAUUGUCACACAGGUCAACAAGGUCGGACUCUUCACAGAAAUUGGGCCCAUGUCCUGCUUCAUUUCUCGACAUUCCAUCCCAUCAGAGAUGGAGUUUGACCCCAACUCAAACCCACCGUGUUACAAGACAAUGGAUGAGGAUAUUGUGAUUCAGCAGGAUGACGAGAUCCGUUUGAAGAUUGUGGGGACCCGAGUAGACAAGAAUGACAUUUUUGCUAUUGGCUCCCUGAUGGAUGAUUACCUAGUCCCUUACAGCACCUUCACACUGGCCAAUCACGUGGCGAAAAGCCCCUUGGAGGGCGGGAACUUCUCACGGCGCCCGCCGAUUGGCUGUGUUCGUGGAGGGCGGGGCCUGGACGCCGAGAGAGGGAAUUAG